AGACAACAGCAACUGCUAGAGCAACACGCACUCGCACACACAGAGGCCGCAGCCACGCGGAAGGGAGAGGAGGAGCGGCGGCCGGAGCUAGCUAGGGUUUCCCCCGAUCCGGCGGCCGGGGAGAGGGCGGACCCCGUGCUCGGCGCGGCGCGGGAGGUGUGUGCCGGUGUCCACGAGGCGGUCGCGCGGCGGAAUCCCGGGCGCUAGGGGAGGGGGGCGGGGGGCUCAGAUCUGGGAUGGCCGACGGCGGCGAGGAGGGGAAUGUGGCGGCGCCUCGGGGCCCCGCGCGGCGGAGGGGGCCCGUGCGGGCCAGCCUGGACGCCGACGAGUUCAUCGCGCUGUUGCACGGGUCGGAUCCCGUCAGGGUCGAGCUCACCCGCCUUGAGAACGAGCUGCGGGACAAGGUGAGGGAGCUCGGGGAGGCGCAGACGGAGAUUCGCGCGCUGCGGCUGUCGGAGAGGGCGCGGGAGAAGGCCGUGGAGGAGCUUACAGAUGAAUUGGAGAAGAUGGACGAGAAACUGAAGUUGACAGAAUACUUCCUAGAAAGCAAAAACCUAGAAGUUAAAAAGAUAAAUGAUGAGAAAAAAGCCGCGAUGGCUGCCCAGUUUGCAGCAGAAGCAACUUUGCGAAGAGUACAUGCAGCCCAAAAGGAUGAUGACAUGCCACCAAUUGAAGCCAUUCUUGCACCACUUGAAGCUGAGCUAAAGCUUUCUCGGCAGGAGAUCGCAAAGCUCCAGGAUGACAACAGAGCUUUAGAUCGUCUAACAAAACAAAAGGAGGCUGCACUGCUAGAAGCAGAGAGAACUGUGCAAAUCGCAAUGGCAAAAGCUGCUAUGGUUGAUGAUUUGCAAAACAAGAACCAAGAGUUGAUCAAGCAAAUCGAGAUCUGCCAUGAAGAAAAUAAGAUAUUGGACAAGUUGCAUCACCAAAAGGUUGCAGAAGUUGAAAAGUUUAGCCAAACUGUGAGAGAGUUGGAAGAGGCUGUUCUUAAAGGUGGUGCGGCUGCUAAUGCUGUUAGAGAUUACCAGCGCAAAGUUCAAGAAAUGAAUGAUGAAAGGAAAACACUUGACCGUGAACUUGCUCGUGCAAAAGUUACAGCAAAUAGGGUUGCUGUUGUGGUUGCCAAUGAGUGGAAAGAUUCUAAUGACAAAGUGAUGCCAGUUAAACAGUGGCUUGAAGAGCGUAGGUUCUUGCAGGGGGAAAUGCAACAACUUCGUGAUAAGCUUGUUGUUGCAGAACGUACAGCACGAUCUGAAGCUCAACUAAAGGAAAAAUAUCAGUUACGCCUGAAAGUAUUAGAAGAUGGAUUGAGAGGGCCACCAAGUGGCUCUAGUCGUCCCCCUACCGAGGGAAAGAGCUUCAGCAAUGGUCCUUCCCGCCGGUUAUCGCUUGGUGGAGCUGAUAAUAUGUCUAAAUUGUCUCCAAAUGGUCUAUUAUCAAGGAGAUCUCCAUCUUUUCAUUCAAGAUCAUCUCUUUCGUCAAGCAGCAGCUUGGUCCUAAAGCAUGCCAAAGGAACUUCAAAGUCAUUUGAUGGCGGAACUAGGUCACUAGACAGGGGGAAGGUCCAUGGAAAUGGAGUUCCUUUACUCAACAGAUCUACAGAUGCUGUUAGAGACAAGGAGACUAACGAUAGUUGGAAAGGCAAUGCAGAUGAGAGAACUAAUGAAAGUGCAAACAUCAAUGCAGAUGAGAAAAGUAUUGAAACUGCAAAUAACAAAUCAGCUGAGAUGGUCUCUGGUUUCCUGUAUGAUAUGUUGCAAAAAGAGGUAAUUUCUUUGAGAAAGUCAUGUCAUGAAAAAGAUCAGAGUCUAAAAGAUAGAGAUGAUGCUGUCAAGAUGUUAGAAAAGAAAGUAGAGACCUUAACCAGGGCAAUGGGAGUGGAGGCUAAAAAGAUGAGACGAGAGGUUUCUGCCAUGGAGAAAGAAGUUGCAGCUAUGCGUUCCGAUAAGGAACAAGAAAUCAGAGCCAAGCGGCUUGGUAAUUCAAAAGCCCCUGGAAGUUCUCAGCUUCUUCCUGGAAGAAACGCACCACGAAGUGGGUUGACACGCAACUUCCAAUGACGGCGGCCCAAACACUAGGCAUCAUUCUUGGAUAGACCCAUUCCAGUCCACCCUGCAUUUGUUCCAUUCAGUUCCUAUUAAUUUUGUGGCUAAAAUUAUAGCACAGAUGAGAUGACCCUGCGAUACCUAGAUUGGGGUAAGAGUAGGCUCUCAGAUCUGACGCCUGCGGGAGUGGCCCUGUGGCGUGCCCUCUAGUCAAGGCAGUGCACCUGAUGAUGCUUGUAUAGGCUGGGCAAUCUCCGCAACGUCUCCCAUCAGUAAUUUAGCCAGAGUGCUUCUUUCUGCAUGACCCCCGUUGCCCAGGUUGUGAAUAUUGUAUCCUCUCACAUGAUCGUUGGCGCUGCUCAAUUUGCGCUGUGUUUGGGGUGGAAUCUUUUC